CGUAGCCGCGUGAUCUAAGAUGGCGGCGCCCAGAGGCCAGCCCACGCGGCUCUUCCGGUGAGGGCUAAGGGAGGCUGCCGGGAGCUCGGAGCCGGCGGGUGUCGGAGCGAGCGGUUCCCUCAUGGCGGGUCGCAAUAACAACAAGCUGCCCAUCAACCUGCCGCAGCUGCAGAACCUGAUCAAGCGGGACCCCCCCUCGUACACCGAAGAGUUUCUCCAGCAGUACCGGCAUUACCAGGCCAAUGUGGAGAUAUUCAAAUUGCAGCCAGCCAAGCCCAGCAAAGAGCUAGCUGAACUGGUGAUAUUCUUGGCACAGGUUGGCCAUUGCUAUCCAGAGCAUCUUGCAGACUUUCCACAGCAACUGAAGGAACUGCUCUCCUACAAUCACACAGUCCUGGAUGCUGAUCUUCGAAUGACCUUUUGCAAAGCACUCAUCUUGUUGCGAAACAAGAACCUGAUCAACCCCACAAGCUUGCUGGAACUUUUCUUUGAACUCCUUCGUUGUCAUGACAAGUUCUUACGGAAAACAUUAUAUACUCACAUUGUGACGGAUAUCAAGAACAUCAAUGCAAAGCACAAGAAUAACAAAUUGAACAGAACACUUCAGAGUUUUAUGUACACAAUGCUGCAGGACAGCAAUCCAACUGCAGCGAAAAUAUCACUGGAUGUGAUGAUAGAGCUGUACACGCGAAAUAUCUGGAAUGAUGCUAAAACAGUGAAUGUCAUCACCACAGCUUGCUUUUCCAAAGUCACAAAGAUACAAGUCGCGGGCUUGAAGUUUUUCCUUGGGAAAGAUGAAGAUGAAAAGAAAGGCAGUGAUUCGGAAUCUGAGGACGACGGCCCCACUGCAAGGGAUCUGAUGGUGCGAUACUCCACAGGAAGGAAAACCACAAAGAACAAGAAAAAGCUAGAGAAGGCAAUGCGCGUCUUAAAGAAACACAAGAAGAAAAGAAAGCCCGAGGUAUUCAACUUCUCAGCCAUUCACUUAAUCCAUGAUCCUCAGGACUUUGCAGAGAAACUAUUGAAACAGCUGGAAUCCUCCAAAGAGAGAUUUGAAGUGAAGAUGAUGCACAUGGAUCUUAUUUCUCGGCUGGUUGGAAUACAUGAGCUUUUCCUCUUCAACUUCUACCCUUUCGUGCAACGAUUUCUGCAGCCACACCAAAGAGAGGUGACCAAGAUUCUCCUGUUUGCUGCACAGGCUUCUCAUUCGCUGGUCCCGCCUGAGAUUAUCCAGUCUGUCCUGAUGACUGUAGCCAACAAUUUCGUCACAGACAAAAACUCUGGGGAAGUGAUGACUGUUGGGAUUAAUGCUAUUAAAGAGAUAUCCGCUAGAUGCCCUCUGGCCAUGACCGAAGACCUGCUUCAAGACUUGGCACAUUACAGAUCUCAUAAAAAUAAAAAUGUAAUGAUGUCAGCCAGAACGUUGAUCCAUUUGUUCCGAUCGCUGAAUCCUCGGAUGUUGCAGAAAAAGUUUCGGGGUAAACCAACAGAAGCUGCAUCGGAAGCCAAAAUUCAUGAAUAUGGAGAAUUAGAUGCUAAAGACUACAUUCCAGGAGCUGAAGUUCUAGAGCUUGAGGCUAAGGAAGACAAGGAGAAGCUUGAAGAAGAUGGGUGGGAGACCGCCAGUUGCGAUGAAGAGGAAGAUGAUGAAGAUGGAGAGUGGAUCGAUGUGCCCCACUCCUCAGACGAGGAGCAGCAGGAGGUGGCUGAGAAAAUCCAAAGCAUGCCAACGGAGGAACGGAAGGCCAAAGCGGCAGCUGUGAGCACCAGCAGGCUCCUCACCCAGGAAGACUUCCAGAAAAUACGUCUCGCCCAGCUCAGCAAAGAACUCAAAGCUGCACCGGGCAAAGCCGCAAAGAGGAAAAACGUUGAAAUAGACAGCGAUCAGGAAGAAAGGGGAGAGCUGCUUUCGCUCCGGGACAUUGAGCAUCUUCAUAAGAAACCCAAGUCGGAUAAAGAGACAAGGCUGGCAACAGCAAUGGCUGGCAAGACAGACAGAAAAGAGUUUGUGAAAAAGAAAGCCAAACUGAAUCCUUUUGCCAGCUCUACUAACAAAGAGAAAAAGAAGCAAAAGAAUUUCAUGAUGAUGCGCUAUAGCCACAACGUCCGGUCAAAAAAUAAGCGCUCGUUCAGAGAGAAACAGCUUGCUUUGCGGGAUGCACUCUUGAGGCAGAAGAAGAGGCUAAUGAAGUAACCUCUGACCUCCAAGAAGACACAGGAGCAAUCGUAUGUCAGUGGAAAAUAAAACCGACAAGAGACAGAAGAGUAUUAACUAAACCCGGCUAAAAGCGGCAAAGUGCCUCUGCGUGGUGUAGAUGACAGGGAGUAAAACCCUGAACUUUAAUACCUCGAAGAAGCUUUUUAGGGGUCUGAUUAUAUUAAUGAAGGGGGUAUUGACUUGAAUCUUAAGCCUGCAUCCAAGGGGAGAAAUCCAGUGGAUUGCAGAGGGAUGUAUCUGCAUCUCAGUAAACCAGUUUGCAAAUAUAAUGUAAACAUAAAUAUAAAGUGUAACAUAUAUUGUUGUAAAACAGAUUUAAAAUAUUUUCUCCCCUCCAAUGAGCGUGUUUAAGGAUUUUCUGCUAAGCAAGCCGUGUGGUCAGUGAGGCUAACCAUCUUGGCUUCUCCUCAUUAAUGCAUACGGCCCUUUUUGCCCUCCUACCAGAAAGCCCAUUGCAUUCUGUAUGGUCUUGACACACACAAAAAAUGUCCACAUUAAAUUUUGGAAUAGGCUGUUUUUUAAAAACUGCUACUAUGGCUGUUGGAGAACAGGAAAAGAGUAUGCCUAAGUAUUCCAGGAAGUACAGACAGUAAAGCUUUUUUAUAGCCAUGCCUCUAAUUCCCAGUUCAAAUUACAAGGAAGAUUUUACCUACACUUUAGGAAUAACUUCUUGAUGAUAAUAGUUGUUAAUAGUGGAACAAACAGCCUUAAGGGUUAGGAGACGCACCGUCACCAGAUAUUAUGAAUCGGAGCCUGGACACCAGGUGUAUGGAUUUACUGCAGAACAGGGUAGAUAAGAAUAAUUUAUUUUUUAAAAAAUGAGAGUGAUUUAAAUCAUGAUAUAGAUC